AAUAUUACGCUUGGAGGAGGGGGAGUUUCCAGGCGGGAUCAGGGCGACAAUUUAGCUUGAAACAAUUAGCAGAAUACUUUACAGCGUCACGCUGUUUUUUUUUUUUUUUUUGGUGUGUGUGUCUUCCGGCCGUGUUAAUCUAUCCGUGCCGUCCUCCGGGAUGAAUAAACGUCAUUUAAAAAAAACGCUGCCUCGCGAUAAAGUGGACAUGUCACUCGAUGACAUCAUCCGCUUGAACAAGAAAGAGCAACAUUCAAAACCGAAACGACCCAAGGCAAAUCAACAAACCCUCCGCCGGCAAACGACGCCCUCAGCAACUCAAGGAAACAUGAAAACUUGGUCCAGAAACACAAAAAACGGCGUGUUCCGAGGAGGGGGAGCGACUAAAUUAAGAACGCGGCGAGGGCAGGGCGUCGUCAGCGGUCUGGCGUCCCGGAAGAACCUGGUCAGACGACCUGCUCAGCCAAGCAAGCCGAAGCUCCAACCGUUCCUUCGGCGCCCUCAUCUGGCCGGCUUCGCUUUGUACAGAAACGCUCAAGUCCCAAGGACGGAAACUCCAGUCAACAGCCCGUUUCAACUGCGACGACGACGUCUCCCUCCCGCGCAUCAGACGGACGUACGCCAAGCCACGUUUCUUCAUCACAGAGGACUUAAGGUGCAAGCUCUGGUGCGUAAAGCAAAUCCUCACACGCUUCCCGUCAGAACUCGUCCCAGAUGGCGCACAUCAACAAAUAACACGGGACUCCUUACGAUCUCCAUAGACAACCCUACUGCCAUGACUCAGCCUGAACCUCCUUCGGCUUGGACUCUGCACCCCCCGACGCAACCCGACGUGACCCGGGUGGAAACGGCGGCGGUGAAGACUGACCCGAAAGGUGUCCCCCUCCAAUUUGACAUCAACAGUGUUGGAAAACCACAAACGUCGAUGAGCUUGAACGAGAGAUUCCGCAUCCUGAAAGCCCGACGUGCGCAGAUCAGUAAAGGCAUUCGAUUCGUGGUGGUGGACUGAAGAUUGCCUUUCUUGUGAGGACGGAAUACAACAUUUUAUAUUGCUCAGAUGGGAAAAUGCUUUUGUAUUGCUUAUUUAAUUAAAAGAAAUUCCUUAUCCUGGGACGCCAUUGCCAUUUGAGUGGACUCCUUUUUAUUUAUAGAGCAUGU